GAUGGUCUCAUCUGGGACUGGAACAGGCCAUAGUUCCCUGUAAGCAUACAAUCUUUGCUUGAUGCAUGCAUAAGAACCAGUUACAUUUGGUGUAGUCAACUUGUCCAGAUAAGCUCUGCAGAUAUUCAUCACGCAGAUUUUUCUCUGUAUUUGCCUAAAGAGGUAAUGGGCAUGGUUGCAGCCAAGGUUUUAACACUAGUGAUCUUGGUGGUGUUUCUGAUACUUAAUCACAAUGCAAAAUGUAAUUCACUUCCAGUACAACCACCUUCAUAUUGUGCAACGCAGUUUGCAGUGGUCAACCGUGCUUGUGCAAUGUUGCCUUUUGUACCUCUGCAUCCUGAUGCGGAUAGCCGAGACAAUGGGAGCAGGCAUGAGCAUGAACAGAGUCAUGGGCAUGAUCAUGAGCACGAGCACGGACACAAUCAUGGGCAUGGUCAUGAGCACGAGCACGGACACAAUCAUGGGCAUGGUCAUGAGCACAGUCAUGAGCACGAGCAUAGGCACAAAAAUAGGCACGGGCACAGGCACCGGCACCGGCACUGGCACCAUGGACCAUCCUCCCCAGGGCAUGAAUGUUGUCGGUGGCUAGAUGAAGUGGAGAAUGAAUGUGUCUGUGCGGUGCUGGCUCGCUUGCCCCCUUUCCUUUCCAGGCCAGUGCAUCAUUACACUGUUGAAGUUGAAGGUGUAUGUGAUGUCAGUUUCGAUUGUGGAAACCUAUGACGGCUCAGAUUCACUUUUUUGCCGUCACUUGAAAUGUCCAGAAAACAUUAGGUUUAUAUACAUAUCAUCUGGAUUAAUUCAUGUUUUUAGUUCCAGAUGCAAAGUACUAAAUAAAAAGAAGUUUGGUGAACCAAUUGUAGCUUUUUUAAGUUUGGAGUUGUUGUUUAUCUACUUUCUUCAGUGAAUACAAGUGAAUCAUGUAAUAGUAUGGCUAUGACUGUUUGAGAAUAUAUUGACUCCCUGUAGUUGAAACAUAUUGUUUGUUCCUUGAUGAUUGCUGUUUCUGUUC